AUGACUGCUGUGGCUCCUAUAGAAAUCCGUGUCUUCUCUGACUUAGUGAACAAGGCUAGAGUAGUGGAAGAGUAUGCCAAAACUGUGGCAGCAUCCAAGGACACUCAUGGAGGGAGCUCUAGUCAGGGGCGUGGCAAGUAUUUUCAUCCGAGAGGACAAAGCUUCAAGAGAGGAGGAUAUGCGCCUCAAGGGCAAGGAGGCUUUAGAAAGAACACCCAUAAUCAGAUUCAGCGUGGCAAAGGGAGAGAAAAUCAGAGUAAGAGUUCUUCGGAUUUAGCUUGUGAUCGUUGUGGAUGGUUUCAUCCAUAUGACUCUUACAAGAUUGGUAUAGGUGGGUGCUUCAACUGUGGCUUAUCUGGUCAUUUUGUGAGGGAUUACACACGUGGGAAAAACCCAAGUGCGGGUCAAGGACAGCACCAGGGGCGAGUUUUUGCUGUGAAUCCCAAGGAUGCUUCCAAGGCGGAUCCGUUAAUAAGAGGCUUUAAAGUGUUAGAGUUAGCAUUUGAUCUGCAUGUACAUACUCUGCAUCAGACAGUUAUGACUAGGUCAGGGUGUAGGCAAGUAGGUUUUAAGCUUGAGGGUAAAGAUUUUGUGCAUGACUUAAUCUGUUUGCCAAUGGUUGGAUUGAAGAUGAUUUUGGGGUUUGAUUGGUUGUCGAAGAAUCGAGUUUUGUUAGAUUGCUUUGAACGGACAAUUCGGUUUAUGCCGGAAGGAGAAAAUGGAGCAGUGGUAGCUAUGGGGUAUUACCUGAACUUUGUAAUGGUGCAUUGUAGUGGGGAGGAGUGUCAGGGCUAUAUUCUGUUGGCUGCUAAUGCGUUGGGUGAUGCCCAGAACUUGGAUCAGAUACCGGUGGUUAGAGAUUUUCCUGAGGUAUUCCCGGAUGAUAUCCCUGAGUUCUCACCUCAAAGGAAAAUUGAAUUUGCGAUUGAAUUGGUGCCGGGAGCCGGACCAGUGUCGAUUGCGCCGUAUAGAAUGGCUCCGAUAGAGCUGACGGUGAAAGAGCAUGAUGAGCACUUGAGGAUUGUGCUGCAAAUCCUAAAGGAGCGAAAGUUGUACGCUAAGUUGUCGAAGUGUGAGUUUUGGAAGGAGAAAGUGAAGUUCUUAGGUCAUGUGUCAGGAGCUUUUUGGGUUAUAUUACCGGAGACUUAUCGAAGGAUUCUCCCAGAUUGUGCUACCGAUGACGAAAUUAACGAGGAAAAAGGUGCCAUUUGUGUCGACGUCGGAGUGUGA